CAACGCCCCACAAUCCUCUACGCCGUCGAAGGUGACAGGGGACAGAAAAAAUGUCCGCUGUAUUUCUUACUCAUCAACAAAAAGUAUUGAGGCUGUACAAAAAGUCCUUGAGACACCUUGAAUCAUGGUGUAUUUUUAGGGAUAAGUACCGCUUCUACGCGUGCAUGCUGAGGGCACGCUUUGACGAAGCCAAGGAUGAAAAGGACAUGAUUAAAGCCACGUUGAUGCUGAAGGCAGGAGAGGAGGAAUUCUGGUCUAACCAACACCCUCAGCCAUACCUCUUCCCUGACUCGCCAGGAGGAACAUCUUAUGAAAGAUAUGAAAUGUACAAGGUGCCUGAGUGGACUCUAGAUCACUGGCAUCCAUCAGAGAAGGCAAUGUAUCCUGACUAUUUUGCCAAGCGGGAGCAGUGGAAGAAGCUGCGAGAACAGAGCUGGGACAGAGAGGUCCAGCAGCUGCAGGAAGAGACCCCUGCAGACGGCCCCAAGUCGGAGGCCUUACCCCCAGCCCGCAAAGAGGGUGACCUCCCCCCUCUGUGGUGGCAGUAUGUCACCCGCCCCAGGGAGCGCCCUGUCUAAGGGCCUCCGGUUGACAGUACCUGGUGAAAAGCACCGUGGUACCUACUACCACAAAACAGCAUGCAGAAUCACAUUGUGAAUUACUUCCCAUCUGUAAAAUAUAGAUAUAAUGGAGACGUUUUGGCAGUGGUGGAUUUACACAGGUUGCAGUAUGGUUUGACGGGUAUUCCACCCUGCCGGAGUAUUUCUUUAGCUGUAAAGGUAGGCGAUUCUGAAAUGUACUGUAGCUGUUCCUAUUUCCUGUAGAAGGAUCUGUUCAAAUAAAUGUGUAUAAUUAUUA